AUGUCUCGGAAACUUGAUUUAUGCCAAACUUUCAUAGGCCAAGAUUGGUGGCAAUCGAUGAAUUACCCCAAACAAAUCUUAAAUCAGAAAUUUGCUACUGUUUUAUGUCAUAAAGAUUUGUCAAAUUCCGAUAUUCACGAAUACAAAGGGUUCAAGAUCCGUCCUCGAAUGCCUGCCAGUGUGAAAGCAUCUGGUAUAUCUGAAGUGAAAAUAGACGAAGAUGGGUUCCAAGUUUCUCUUGAUCUUGAUGAUUUCGAGCCACAGGAGCUCAAAGUGUGUACGCUGGGCAGAUUUGUUGAAGUUCAUGGCAAACAGGAAGAAAAGAGAGAUCAGUACGGUUUAGUAUCUAGAGAGUUAUUUCGUCAAUAUAUGGUGCCUUAUAACUGCGAUAUUAAUGCUAUUACUGCCUCAUUUUCUGCUGAUUACAAAUUAAAAAUAAAGGUGCCUAAAGGGAAAAAAGAGCAUGAAAUACCAGAUUCUUUGGUGGUAGUGCCAGUGACGGAAGGAAGUGCAAAAUGCGUAACGAACCUGGAGGCCGAUAAAUAUAUCGAAAUUGUAUAUCGAGAUCUAGCUCGCGGUGGAUAUGACCAGCUUCUGGUGGCUUACGGGGAUGCCAAAUCGGCGGAAAAGUCGCAGGCUGGCAUGAAAGCCAAGCCUGAAGGCAAGUAG